GAGAGGGAGAGAGGCAGGCCAUAAUAAAUAAAAGUUCUUUCAUUUUAGCACUUAGCAAAAACGAAAUAAGCACCAAUUUAAAACAAUGUACACCAAGUGAAACAUUACCAAAAAAAAAAAAGAGCAAAGUGUUUGGCGAAUCACAAGGAAAACAAAACCUUCGAAAAGGAAGAGGAAGGAAGCCCAACAUAACGGGUUUUUUUGUGUAGAGAUCGUCAGAGAUAGUGGGAGAGAGUUGGAGGAGUAGUGUAAAGUGGACCAUCAUCAUCAUCAUGUCUAGCGAGGAGAUAUUAUAUGCUAAGGGCGCCAAAAUCUGGGUACCACAUGCAGAACAAGUAUGGGAGAGUGCCACUUUAGAGGAGAGUUAUAGAAAGGGAGCCGGGUUUCUUAAAAUAUGUACCGAAUCCGGCAGCCUGCAGGAGGUGAAACUAAAAGCAGAUGGCAGCAAUUUGCCUCCCCUCAGAAAUCCACAAAUUCUGGUGGGUCAAAAUGAUCUCACCAAUCUUUCAUACCUCCAUGAGCCGGGGGUCCUGUAUAAUCUGCGUGUGCGGUUCUGUGAGCGUCAGAUUAUCUAUACCUAUUGCGGCAUUGUUCUGGUGGCCAUCAAUCCAUAUGCCGAGAUGCCAUUGUAUGGGCCGAGUAUUAUCCGGGCCUAUCGCGGUCAUGCCAUGGGCGAAUUGGAGCCACACAUUUUUGCCCUUGCUGAGGAGGCGUACACUAAACUAGAGCGUGAGAAUUGUAACCUGAGCAUCAUUGUUAGCGGCGAAUCAGGAGCAGGCAAAACCGUGUCCGCCAAAUAUGCUAUGCGAUAUUUUGCCGCUGUCGGAGGUUCCGAAUCGGAAACGCAAGUGGAGCGCAAGGUGCUGGCAUCUUCGCCCAUUAUGGAGGCUUUUGGCAAUGCCAAGACAACACGUAAUGACAACAGUUCACGUUUUGGCAAAUUCACGAAACUUCUUUUUCGCAAUCAUAUGGGCGUUAUGUACCUUCAGGGAGCUACCAUGCACACAUAUCUUCUGGAGAAGAGUCGCGUGGUCUAUCAGGCGCAGGGUGAACGCAAUUAUCAUAUUUUCUAUCAGUUAUGUGCAGCCAGAGCCAAGUAUCCCGAACUGGUGCUGGAUCAUCAGGAUAAGUUUCGUUUCUUGAAUAUGGGUGGUGCUCCGGAUAUUGAACGCAUCUCGGAUGCUGAUCAAUUCAAUGAGACAGUACAGGCCAUGAGUGUUUUAGGUUUCUCCAUUUCCCAAAUCGCUGACAUUGUGAAAAUACUUGCCGGCAUUCUGCAUCUGGGUAACAUUAAGGUCUCCAACAAAUAUACUGAAGGCAGCGAAGAAAUUGACACUGAAUCCUGUGAGAUUUUUCAAAACGAUUUGAACUUACAAAUUACAGGAGAUUUGUUAAAAGUCAAUUCGGAUGAUCUGCGUCGCUGGCUUUUGAUGCGUAAGAUAGAGUCGGUCAAUGAAUAUGUGCUGAUACCGAACAAUAUUGAGGCUGCCGAAGCGGCACGUGAUGCUUUGGCCAAGCAUCUCUAUGCCAAGCUCUUUCAAUAUAUUGUGGGAGUUCUGAACAAGAGUCUCAAUAACGGUAGCAAACAGUGCAGCUUCAUUGGUGUGCUCGAUAUCUACGGCUUCGAAACAUUCGAGGUGAACUCGUUUGAACAGUUUUGCAUAAACUAUGCAAACGAGAAACUCCAGCAGCAGUUCAAUCAGCAUGUCUUUAAGCUGGAGCAAGAAGAAUACCUUAAGGAGGGCAUAACCUGGACCAUGAUAGAUUACUAUGAUAAUCAACCCUGCAUAGAUCUAAUUGAAUUGCGACUGGGAGUGCUAGAUUUGUUAGAUGAGGAGUGCAGAAUGCCCAAGGGCUCAGAUGAAAGCUGGGCCGGCAAACUCAUUGAAAAGUGCCAAAAGUUUCCACAUUUUGAAAAGCCACGAUUUGGAACCACGAGCUUCUUUAUUAAACAUUUCUCCGAUACUGUGGAAUAUGAUGUUAAUGGCUUUUUGGAAAAGAAUCGCGACACUGUCUCCAAGGAACUAACGAAUGUCCUGGCAGUAUCCAAUAUGUUGCUAUGCAAGCAGGUUAUGGAACUGGAAGAGGUCGACACUUUAAGUGUUGAUGCCGCUAAAUCGUCUACAUUAGGAGGUCGUGUGGUGAUCAGUGCUGGACGUAAACAGCAACUCAAUGAGACACGGCGAAGAGUGGUGCCAUCAAAACAGCAUAGGAAAACGGUUGGUUCCCAAUUUCAAGAGAGUCUGACUUCAUUGAUCUCUACUUUACAUUCCACAACGCCGCAUUAUGUGCGCUGCAUCAAGCCCAAUGAUGAGAAAAUUGCCUAUAAGUGGGAUACGGCCAAAAUAAUACAACAGUUGAGGGCAUGCGGUGUGCUGGAAACGGUUCGCAUCUCUGCCGCUGGCUUCCCAUCGCGUUGGAUUUAUCCGGAUUUCUAUGUCCGCUAUCAGCUUUUGGCGCAUCGUUCGAAAAUUGACAAGAAUGACAUGAAGCAAUCGUGUUGUAAUAUUGUCCACAAAUGGAUUCAGGAUGAGGAUAAAUAUCGCUUUGGUAAUAAGCAAAUAUUCUUUAGAGCCGGUCAGGUUGCCUAUCUGGAGCAGGUGCGGUCCAAUUUGCGUAAACGAUACAUCACGAUAGUUCAAUCGGUGGUGCGACGUUUCAUUCAUCGUCGUCGUUUCCUGCGCCUGCAACGUGUUAUCAACGGUCUGCAGCGUUAUGCUCGUGGUUAUUUGGCCCGCGAACGUGCCCAGAAGAUGCGUGAAGUUCGCGCAGCUUUGAUACUCUCCAAAUAUGCCAAAGGCUGGCUAUGUCGUCGACGAUAUCUUCGUCUGCGGCACUCAAUCUUUGGCAUACAGACCUAUGCCCGUGGCAUGUUGGCCCGUAUCAAGUUCUUUGCCUUACGGGAUCACUACAGAGCUGUUCAAAUCCAGAGAUUUGUCCGUGGUGUCUUGGCCCGUCGAGCGUAUCAGCGGAAACGACGAAAUAUUAUCAUUUGCCAGUCAGCAGUGCGACGUUUUCUGGCUCGUCGCAAAUUCAAGCGCAUGAAGGCCGAGGCCAAGACAAUUUCCCAUAUGGAGAACAAGUACAUGGGCUUGGAGAACAAGAUCAUUUCCAUGCAACAGCGUAUUGAUGAACUGAAUCGCGACAAUAGCAAUCUGAAGCACAAGACCAGCGAGAUAAGUGUCCUAAAAAUGAAAUUGGAGCUUAAGAAGAAUUUGGAGGGAGAACUGAAGAAUGUAAAGGUAGCUUGCAUGGACAAGGAUAUGCUAAUUGGUGCCCUGAAUAAGCAAUUGGAGUCGGAGCGUGAUGAGAAAAUGCAGUUGCUUGAGGAAAAUGGCCAUGCUCAGGAGGAAUGGCUUGGCCAGAAGCAAUUAUGGCGCCUGGAGAAUGAGGAAUUACGCAAACAAAUUGACGAAAUGAUUGAAAUGGCCAAAAAUGUUGAGGCCAGUCAGCGGGAUCAAAAGGAGCGUCUGCUCACCGAAAUUGACAAUAAAGAACUAAACGAAGCCUAUCAACGGGCCAUAAAGGACAAGGAGGUGAUCGAGAAUGAGAACUAUAUACUCAAAGAGGAGCUAAGUCGUUUUGCUGGCGGUGUCACCAAUUAUUCUCAUCGCACACGUUCUGUUAGCAAUGCUUCCAGUCAAAAUGAAGAGGAUGUGGGCUAUGCCUCGGCCAAGAAUACACUGGACAUUAAUCGGCCACCCGAUCUACUCAACAAAAGUGACUCAUUCAUCGAUACCACUAGCAUUGUGAUGAAGCUACGCUCCAUACUGGAGGAGGAGAAGCUAAAGCACAAGUAUCUGCAAGAGCAAUAUUUAAAGUUGGCUAGCCGUAAUAAACCCACCGAAGAUUCCUUCCGCGUUUCCGAGUUGGAAGUUGAGAACGAGAAAUUACGCAGUGAAUAUGAUCAGUUGCGCACGAGUAUUAAACACGGAGUUGAGAUCAACGAGCUGAAUGCCCAACAUGCCGCACUUCAGGAAGAGGUACGUAGACGGCGCGAGGAAUGCAUCCAGCUGAAGGCAGUCCUGUUGCAACAAAGCCAAACGUUGCGUUCUUUUGAACCGGAUAGCCUGCAAUUACGUGGCAAUGAUGUGCAUGAACUUCUUGAAGCCUUCCAAUCUCAGAAAUUGGUCAACAGACAAUUGGAAUCGGAACUGAAAGCCAUCACCGAAGAGCACAAUAGCAAGCUGGUGGAGAUGACCCAAGAAAUUGAACGUUUAAAUACCGAGCGACAGGAGCUGCAAAAUGUUAUUUUUGAGAGCAUUGAUGAGUUUGAAAAUGCCUCAGUAGAGACUCUAAAACAAAAUGAUCGUUAUCUGCGGCGUGAAUUGAAGAAGGCCAUUUCCCAAUAUCUACUGGUGCAGGAGGAACUUAAGCUGGCCAAUGCCAAGUUGAAGGCAUAUAGACAAGACGAUGGCCAGCUGGAACAUAAACUGGAAGAGGAAAUGAGUCGUAGCAGAUCCUCGAACAACAAUUCAAAGGAUGUUGAUGUCGGUGCCAAUGUGACCAAGCAAAAGUCUCAAAAUCCUCAGGGUCUCAUGAAAUUCCAUAGCAGUGAUCUCGAUAAGAUAUUGCAACGUUUACUAAGCAAUAUGACACCGCGUACAGUGGUGGGGUUGUUGCCAGGAUUCCCAGCUUAUCUAAUCUUUAUGUGCAUACGUUAUACCGAUCUUACCAAUGCCGACGAGGAUGUGCGUGAGCUGCUGAGUAAAUUUGUCAUACAGAUUAAGAAAAUGCAUCGUACCCCGCAUCCUAUUGAGAAUCGUGUCAUCUGGCUGGUCAAUUCCAUAACAUUGUUAAAUCUAUUGAAGCAAUAUGGCGAUGUGGAUGAAUAUGUCAAAUUCAACACAGAGAAACAGAAUCAACAGCAGCUGAAGAACUUUAAUCUCUAUGAAUAUCGUCGUGUGAUUUUGGAUUUAAUUGUGAAUUUAUAUCAAGCACUGAUCAUACAAAUUCAGGGAUUAAUGGAUGCAAAAAUUGCGCCAGCCAUUCUAAAUAACGAUGAGAUUCAACGUGGACGACAUGCGGCUCAUGGCAUGCGGAGUCGUACCACUUCUAUAGGUGCAGCAGCUGCUGCAGCAUCCUCGCCAGACGGUAACGGUGGUAAUGUGCCAGCCUGGAAGCAAUUGAUUGGCCAAUUGGAGCAUUUCUAUAAGCAAUUCCAACAUUUCGGCUUGGACAAUUGCUAUGCAGAGCAAAUAUUCCAUCAAUUAUUGUACUUUGUUUGCGCCGUGGCCCUCAAUUGUCUGAUGUUGCGAGGCGAUAUCUGCAUGUGGGAGACAGGCAUGAUUAUACGUUAUAAUCUUGGCUGCAUUGAGGAUUGGGUGCGGGAUAAAAAGAUGUCCAAUGAUGUAUUAAAGCCUUUGGCUCCGUUGAAUCAAGUUUCCCAGCUGCUGCAGUCGCGCAAGAGUGAAGAAGAUGUCCAAAGCAUUGUCGAUCUCUGCACUUCGCUAACCACGGCUCAGGUGCUUAAGGUAAUGAAGUCCUACAAGCUGGAUGAUUACGAGAGUGAAAUUACCAAUGUAUUCCUGGAGAAAUUAACCAAAGAGCUGAAUGCUAGAGACAUGAAGAGCAACAGCAGUGACGAAUUCACCAUGGAUCAGAAAUUUAUACAACCUUUCAAAGUCGUAUUCAGAUAUAGCGAAAUUUCAUUGGAAGAUAUUGAGCUGCCCUCUCAUCUAAAUCUAGAUGAGUUUUUGACUAAAAUAUAAAUCAAUCUAACUAACUAAUCUAUCAACCCACUUUAUUAAUAUUUCAAUUGUCAUCUCUUUAAAUUAAUCUGCUUGUUAUUGUUGCCAUUUCAAAAAAAAAAAAAAAAAAAAACACUCUUUCCCGAUAUUUAUUGUGUAUACCAAUUUCAUAUAUACCUAAUAAUUAAUUAUAGAAAUUAAUCCAUGUUAGUGUAGAGUUUUAGAAACCUAGAGUUCCUGUGCCUUUGCCUUCUGUUCCUGUAUUUUUUUUUUGUUUUUGGUUACAAACCAUUAAGCAUUAUCCGUAAACAUACAUAGCAAAUUGGAAUGAAAGUUCAACUUAUAUAUGUAAUAACAUUCCUAACCUGAGAAGCACCUUGUGUACCUUAAAACAGAUGAUGAUACUAUAUAAUGAAGAAUGAAUUUG